AUGGCCGCCCUUGCUGUUUCUGCUGCCCGAUCCAUUCGAAAAGAAGUCGUAAAUCCACGUUGGUGGAGUGGGGCCUACGAUGUGAUUGACACUAGUCGUUUCAUUAUUGAUGGUAAAGGGAAAGUCUGCAAGAGUGAUCUACUGCCUACUUCCUGGCUUGGACAAGAGAUUCAGGAGAAAUAUGACGACGUGGGUGUGCUUCAUCUUCAGAAUACUGGGCUUGUGGACAUGGCCGAUCAGCGGACACUAGCUCGAAUCAUCAUGGGGGAAGAAACCGAGUAUGAAGGUGGCGCAAACCCUCGAGGAAGAGCCGAAGGCCUAGCGAACGUCUACGAUAUUGGUGCCCCUCUAAUGGCAGAUCUUCACUACCAUCAUGAAAUGACGUACAAGUCCCAUUCGGUUACAAGCUUAGGCUUCUUAUGCAAGCACGCCGUAACGACCAGACCAGGCGUUGGUUGGAGUUUUGUUUCGGAUAGUGUCCAGGCUCAUGACUAUAUCAUGCAAACAGAGCUGGGCCAGAAGCUGAAGGAGAAAGGCCUCUGUUUCUUGAGGCGCAUGACAGAUGCGGAGGACAAGCACAUGUUGGACCGAAACAAGCAAGGCUCAGUUUAUAACCACUGGCAACAGUCUUGGAUGACCAGUUGUCCUCAAGAAGCUGAGGCUCGAGCUAACGCACAGGGUUUGCAAGUGGAGUGGCUUGACGAUAAAGAAGAUGGUCGAAUUAUGCAGACCCGAUACUACAAGUCUGCUUUUGAGUAUAUUUCGUUCCUCGACCGCAAUAUCAUGGUCACUUCUAUUGCUGAUGAUGGAGAAUGGUUCGAUUCUUGGCCCGGAAUUAUGGAUAUUCCCCAGGAAAAGCGUCCUCUGGAGAUGCUUUUUGGGGACAACGAACCAUUUACUUUGGAAGAGAAACAGCUCUGGACAGAUAUCUAUGGCAUGUUUGGUAUUCCAAUCACCUGGAAACCAGGAGAUGUCGCUGUGGUUUGCAACAUGCGUUUUGCCCAUGGUCGUCCAGGCAUAGAAUUGCUCCCUGGCGAGAAGCGUGAGCUUGGAGUCAUGCUCGGACCAUUUUACGAGCGUAUGGAGACUAGAGAGGACAAGUGGUAA